AGUGUUUUGGCUAGCACAGGUUUCAGUCCAUUUGAAUUGAAUUAUGGACAUCUUCCAUCAUUGACACACCUGGUCAAACACUCCGAAUUGGAGUAUCAAGGUGUGGACCAAUUCAUGCAUGAGGCACAAUAUGCAGUCUGUAUUGCAACAGAUGCAAUAAUAGAAGCCCAUGUUGACCAGGCUUUCCAUGCAAACAAGUGUAGACAGGCUUUGCCUGUAUAUGAGAAAGGAGACUUAGUCUUCCUUUCUACUCGUAAC